GGUGGAGUAGCCACAUUAACCAAAGUGGAGUAGCAUGUUGACCAAACAUAUCUGUAUUUAUAACAGAAAUCAUUUCUAAUCGUGUCCCAGAGAACAACACACGGAAUACUCACAAAGACGUUGUUCUUGAGUAGAGACAACAAAACCUGGAAAAACCUGGAAAAGCCUGGAAAAGCCGAGCAAAAAGGCGCAGAAAGCUUUGUGGAACAUGGAGAAGAGGAGGGUUCGUUUUGCACCAGUACAGACAAAUCAUCUCCAAAAAGGGCAGAGCCAUCAUCCUUACCUGAAGCAAUAUCUGUCCUUUAAACGCGUGUACAAACACCAGACUUUCACCAAAGCAGACAGCGGGAGCUCCAGUAGACAAUUCCAUCAUCCCAGUUGGAGAAGAAAAGAACAUGACAUCCUGCCACGUAAGCCAGAUAUUAAACAACAGCCAUAUAUUUGCUUAGAAAGUGCAAGUUCAAACAGAGAAAUUCAUCAUCCUGGUUCACGAAGAAGAGAAAAUGACAUCCACAAGCCAGAUAUUAAACAAGAGCCAUAUAUGUGCUUAGAAAGUGCAAGUUCAGACAGAGAAAUUCAUCAUCCUGGUUCAAGAAGAAGAGAAAAUGACAUCCACAAGCCAGAUAUUAAACAAGAGCCAUAUAUGUGCUUAGGUGAGUCUUUGCUAAAUGCCUAGCAUAAGAUAUUUUAUAAUCAAAUGUGUGUGGUGAUUGUAUGGGAAUGAGAAGAGAAUUGUUUUUUUUUUUUUGUACAGAAAGUGCAAGUUCAGACAGAGAAAUUCAUCAUCCUGGUUCAAGAAGAAGAGAAAAUGACAUCCACAAGCCAGAUAUUAAACAAGAGCCAUAUAUGUGCUUAGAAAGUGCAAGUUCAGACAGAGAAAUUCAUCAUCCUGGUUCAAGAAGAAGAGAAAAUGACAUCCACAAGCCAGAUAUUAAACAAGAGCCAUCCACUUGCAUGGGAGACAAUUUUGAUUUGAAAACACACAUUCUGAAGAUGAUCAUUACAGAUCUACAGACACCAAAACUUGUUGAAGAAGAUGGAUUCCACCAUUUCAUGACAGCCCUAAAACCCAGUACUGAUGCUGCACUAAGUGCCUCUGCGAUCCGACAAGAACUAGUGAAUAUGUAUGAUAUCUCAAAGAGGAACGUGAAGAAAGCAGUGAUUAAUGCCAAAGACCCAGUGCUCUCUGCUGAACUGUGGAUCUCAAGCAAAGAAGAGUCCUAUCUGACAGUAACAUGCCACUUCAUUGAUGAGAAGUGGGAAAUGAAAUCCUACAAACUAGACACAGCGCAGCUUCUUGGUGAACACACGCCAGAAUAUGUUCAUCAGCAACUUUGGAGAAUUUCCACAGAAUGGGAGAUCAUGGAGAAAAUUCAGGUGGUGGUUGUCAAUGUUGAUGGAAUGAAAAAAGCUAAUCGAAAUCCGAACUGGACGUACAUACCUUGCUUCAGCCACACGCUCAACAAAGUCAUCCAAGAAGUCAUUCAAAGCCCUGAUUGGAGAUAUCUUCUGAAGAAGUGCCGCCAUAUUGUUCAGUUUUUCCACCAGAAAAAUGAAGCUUCAUGGUGUCACCAGUUGGCCCAGUCUUCUUGUGUUGACUGGCUUUCGACACUAAACAUGGUGAAAAAGAUCUGUGAACAGUGGCCAAGGUUUUCCCAAGUCUCCAAUUACAAGCAUGCAGAUCAUCUUUGGCUCAAUGAAAAUGAAAGGAUGGUGCUGAAAAAUAUGAUGAAGGCACUCACAGUUGUCAAAGACGUCACAGAGAUGAUUGGGACAUGCGGAUAUGUUUCAGUCUCUAACAUCAUACCUCUGCUUGACAAGCUUCAGUCAAGUCUGCAAAGGCUAAUACAACAAGAAAACAAGAUAGCCUUGAGGCUCAGUGAGAGAUGUAAACAUCACUUUGGAAACAUCAACCAAAAUGUGUGGUUCACUGUUAGCACAGCACUGGACCCAAGAUUCAAAAGCAGUGUCCUGAAGACUGAUGGAGGUGAAAAAGUCAAAACAAAGAUCAAAGAAGAAAUGUGCAAACAGGCAAGUGUUGCAACGAGUAGCGGUUACCAUAGAAACUUUUUAGGCGAGAUGGAUUAUGAAGAUUCAAUUCUGCAAUACGCUACAAAAGGAGACAUCUCAACAACUCAGAAUCUGCUUCAGUACUGGGCAGCCAAAAACAAGUCUAAGGACUUGGCCAUGGUUGCACACAAAUACCUCAGUGUGAUCUCCACCGCUAUUCCAAUAGAGCAGAUGAUGCACGAGGACAAAUCACAGAUCAUUUUCAACAGGAGGAAAUGCUUAGAGCUGAAAGAUAUCAACAUGAUGCUGUUUCUGAAUGGCAAUCAGCAUAAAAUAUGAGUUGUGGUGGUGUGGGAAAAUCUGUUCUACUAUAUAACGUUCUGAAAACUACAGACUUUCCUGAACUAUCUGAACUCUCUUAUCACUUGAGGUAAAAUUCAUUCACGACAUUUAAACAUAUGCUGUGUAUUUAAACAUAUAUUCACUCGAAUGAUGUUUGUUCAUGUAACCUGGAUGGGGAAAUGAUUCUUUGAUUCAUUCACUGAGUUCUGUUCUGUUAACUAAAUGUCUUGUUAUAAAUGUCUGAGUGUAAAUGAUGUGACCAUGCAGGAGCAUCAUGGACAUUUUGACAUCCAGGAAACUAAUUACAAACUGAAUUGAUUAGGCUUAUUUCAAAUUCAACCAGUCCAUUACAGGGCACCAUGCAAACACACACACUCGCAACAUAUUCAAUUUAGAGUCGCCAAACCACCUACCAGCAUGUUUUUGUGGGGUUUUGUGGGACUGUGAGAAGAAACCAGUGAACAUGGGGGAAACCCACAUGAACACGGGGAGAACAUGUGAAACUCUGGACAGACAGUAACCCAAGCUGUGAGGCACCAACUCUACCUGCUGCACCAACAUGCUGCUCUCAGUGUAAAAGUUUAGAGUCAAAUACCAUACCAAAAAGAAAUACUGUCUUUAUUUACCUCCUGCUAUUUCAUAUUUUACUUUUUUACUUUUUUAAUGAAAUGAAAAAAAUGAAAAAAUGAAAAGAUUGUGUAGAGAGAAACAAAUAUAAGUGUAUGAAACAAUAAUCAUUUUAUGUUAAAAAUAAUCUAUGGUUUAACAUAUAGUGAUAUU